UUAUCUACACUUUACUAUUUAAAACUUGAAAAAUUAAGCUGUGAAUUUACAUUGAACAUUUUGUAAAGUAAUUCACUAAUUCAUUGCAAAUUACUAUUUCAUUAACACCCAAUGAAGAUUCCAUAGACUUGUAAUGGAAGUCAUGAAGGAAACUUCACAGCAAUGUAAGAAAAACUGAAAACCAAAAACAAUAAAAAAAAAUUCUACAAUUAAAUAUAUAAAAAAACUCAGUGUUAUCACUCUCUCUCUCUCUCUCUCUCUCUCUAUAUCCUUCCCCACACUCUCUCCAUCUUUUAUGUACUCCUCAGAUCUGACCAGAGGAGAAAGAACCAGAGAAAGAACAUGACUGAUCGAGUCUUCCCAGCUUCAAAGCCACCAACCGCCGCUAACGGAGCUCCAACUCCAACCGGUGGUGCCUUACCACCUCCUCCGUCUGUUAACGGUAACGGAACAGCUAACCAGAAACCUCAAAUCUACAUUCCGGCUAACCGCCUGGUUUACCGUCCACAGCCGUACAGCCGCCACCACCACCACCAAACUCGACCGAGCUGCCGGAGAGUCUGCUGCUGCUGCUGUUUCUGGUCCAUCCUCAUCCUCCUCGUCCUCGCUCUCAUGGCCUCCAUCGCCGCCACCGCCGUGUACGUCAUCUACCACCCGCGCCCGCCGCUGUUCUCCGUCCCGUCGCUUCGUAUCGGCCGCGUGAACCUCACCACCUCCUUGGACACUUCCGUCUCGCACCUCUCUUCCUUCUUCAACUUCACGCUGAUCUCCGUGAACCCCAACCAGCACCUCACCUUCUCUUACGAUCACUUCGCCGUCGCCGUUAAAUCCGUUAAAUCUAACGAGAUGCUAGCGAACGGAACGGUUCCCGGUUUUUUCAGCGGCAACGGGAACAAGACGUCGUUUAGGAGCGUGAUCGCGACGUCUACUUCGGCGCGUGAGCUGGAUCCGGAGGAAGCGAGGCGUUUGAAGUCGGAUCUGACGCGGACGCGCGUGGGGUUGGAGAUCGAGAUGCGGACGAAGGUGAAGAUGCAGAUGGGGAAGCUGAAGAGUGAAGGGGUUGAGAUCAAAGUGACGUGUGGAGGGUUCGAAGGGACAGUGCCUAAAGGUAAAGUUCCGACCGUGGCGACUUCGAAACAGACUAAGUGUAAGUCUGAUCUGAGUGUUAAGGUCUGGAAAUGGUGUUUGUAAUGGAAUUUUAUUAUUUUUGGUUGUUUCUAAAUUUGUGAAACUUUUGGAAUGAUCCAAAAGAAGAUUUUUAUUUCUCAGUUGUUCGUUAAAAGUUUGCAGAGGAGAGUCAGAGAGAUGAGAUAAGAUAGUGUUGUUUAGUAGUGAAGGCCCGGAGAAUUUACUCACGGCUUCUAAAAUUUUCUUGGAUUUUUUUGUUUUGUUUUGGGAGUGUCUUGUUUAAAUUAUAAUGAAGACAAACAUAUACAUAAUAAUAGGAAUUGAGUUGAGUACUAAAAA